GAAACUCAUGAUAUGAGCGUGUCAAUUCCUAUGUCACACGCAUUUUUUAGAAAAGAUUUUUGGCGAUCUCACGGCUGCAGAUGUGUUAAAUGACGCAUCGCUGCUGUCACCAGUCACUCCGAUAACCUCGUGCGCGAUUGAAUGCGAUGCGUUAUCGUCAGAUAUCAUGAACAAGCUGCUACAUUCAGCAAAUGUUCAUUCAUGCAAUCCCGGCUUGGAAUAUAUAUGGCGUGAGGAAGCAGCACGAUGUGCAGCGCAAGGACGACAGCUAGAAGAUACAUUCAACAACUAUACCCCCAGACCGUAUUGGCAGAACAAAUUGGAGACGGAUUUGUUGAAUCGAAUAGAGGAUGUCGCACGAACACUUAGAGCUGACGGAGGUGCGACUCAACAAGAGUCAUUGGCGACGCAGCCGAUAAAUGAUCCUAUUGUUCCCGAGCACCUUGUGAUAGAAGACGAUCCAAAAUUGGAUUCUACCAUAGCGUGGACGCAGGACGUAACGGAAAUCGAAGCACCGCUUGAAGAUGCUGUAGCGGAAGAGGAGCCGAAAGAAGAAGAAGCUCAAGAAGGAAGCGAUGAAGAUGAU